GGCCACUGAAAACUAUCAAUUGAAGCAAGACAUAACUAAUUUGAAGAGCGAAAAUGAAAGAAUAAAUAUCGCUCUCAAGGAGUUAGGUAUGAAGCACAAUGAAACGAAGGAAAUCUUGAAUCAGCUUGAAGAGAUAAGAAUUGAAUCUGACAACUUAUUGACAACCAAUUCUGAAUUAACAUCCCAAAACGUCGAGCUCUCCUACACGAUCAAGAGUCUUACACAGAAGGCUAAUUCUAAAGAGCAGAUGGUAGCAGAACUUAUCCAAAGAUUCAAUAAAUUGAAGAGCCAGAGCCUUGAGCACAAGAAGAAGCAGGCAGAGAUGCUUGAACAAUUGCAAGACAAGCAGAAGAAAUUGAGUGAAUUGAGUUUACAGUAUAAAGCCCAAUGUGAUUAUGUCAAAGAUAUUGAAGACGAGAAAACGUACUUCAAGGAAUUGGUGGACACCCUUAGAAAGUAGACCUCCCAUGCUUUAUAAUAGAUAAAUGAUUAAAAUAUACGUACCAUUAUAUGGCAAAUGUGUCUGCUGCGAUCAGCAUUUCAAACUAGUCGCCUAUGGUGUCUUGUUCGCACUUCUUAAAAAUGAAUAUUUUUUUCCUCUGACACAGUUAAAGGAACCGUAACUCUUGGGACAAUCGGUACAGUUUUAUUCGGUAUUUAAUACAGCCUCAUAUACGCCUUAUACAAACACUCCUUAUUAUAGGAAACUAAUAUCACCGAACUUUUCAUCGUUUUUCCUUUCAGAAUGUCCAACAUAGAAGCUAGUAAAUUAUAUGAAGCAAUAAUCGAGGAAGUGAUAAACGACUCCAGGCAAGACUUUGAAAAUAGCGGAGUGGAUGAAAACACUCUCCAGGAACUCAAAAAGAUAUGGCAAGAAAAAUUAACCCAAUCGCAAGUCAGCAGAUUCACUUGGGAUGAUGAAGCACAUGCGGCAGCUGGACAACAAGGAUUACAAUCCAAUAGAACCCCUUCACUCGGCAAUCAUGACAUAAAACAAGAACUUCAAGAUGACUUAUUGAUAAGCAAUGACUAUGGAUUAGGUGCUGACCAACAACUAAGUUACAGUAACGAGGUGAACUUGAAUAAUACCAACGUAAAUAAUCACGAUGAUAUAGGCAUUCAAAUUCCCAACAUAGGAAACAGCCAAUCUUUCAAAGAUGAGUAUGACGAUAGCAACGGAUUGAUGUUGCCGAACGUGACGCAAACCGAUGGAGCAUCAGCUCUGCAAAGCUUCGAAAUGACCAUAUACACAAACAACCCCAAGAAAGUGCUUAGCCAAUUACAAAAGGUGAACCAGGUGGAUGGAGAAUUGGGUGUGAUGUACGGCGACGAAUUUAAUGACUCAGACGACAUCAACAGCGAUCUCGACGAUGACUUAGAUAGUGACAGAAGUGAUGAUGAAGAUAAUGACCUAGAUGGGCAUAUCAUGUUAUGUCUUUAUGAUAAAGUUCAAAGAAUCAAAAAUAAAUGGAAAUGCAGCUUGAAAGAAGGAAUUGCCAGUAUCAAUGGAAGAGACUAUGUGUUUCAAAAAGCCACCGGAGAAAGUGAAUGGUAAGAAAAUAGUUUUAUAUAUAUUUGCUCAAGUAAAAUAUACAGAAAAAAGAGAACCAAUGUACUUUAAAAACCAUAGAAUCCUUCUUAAUGAGAGCCAGCACCUCUGCUAACUUUUUCCAAGACGGUAGCAUAGCUAACUUCCGAAAAGUCGGUACCUUGAAUGUCGGCAGCCACUCCGUUCAAAGAUCUUCUUAAUGCAUCUUUAGAAGAUGCAUAAACCAUCUUAUCCUUGAUAGAGGCAGUAUCUGGAGACCAAGAGUAGAAAACAAUCUUGGAUCUCUUACCUUCACCACCACCAAUUUCGUAUUCGAAAUCAUAGAUGGCAUAUUUACUAGCAUUUUCUGGUAAUUUUUCCAAAAAUACUUCGUAGUCUUUGUCAGUAGAAGUUUCCUCAACAAUAAUCUCGGUUUUCUUGUCAUUUAAGGCAAAAAUAAUGAAUUUGUAUUUCUUUCCCAACUUCAAAUCAUUGAAGGCACUUAAAGCUUCAUCAGUUACAGAGACACUUUUUUUAUUGUGUUUUGUUACAGUAUAAACAGCUG